AUGGCCCUCUUUGACGUGCUCGCCGCCGCGCCCGACGCGUGGGCCUACGCCGCGGGCGGCACGGUCCGGUGCCGCCUCACCCUCAUUUGCAGCGCCUCCUCCGCCGAGCGGUGGGACGCGCCCGGGCGGCGGUGCUUCUUCUCGUCGCCGCCGCACGUCGUGCUCGCCGGCCACGCCGUGGAGCCCGGCGCGCGGCUCGCCUUCGACGUGGUCGGGACGCUGCCCGACGGCCUGCCGCCGAGCCACCACGGCGACCUGGCCCGCAUCGAGUAUGUGGCCGUGCUCACCGUGCGGAUGAUGCGCCCGCCGUCGGAGCCGUCCUCCGGCUGGCGGCGCGGCCCGAUCUGCAGGCUCGCCGCGGCCAACGAGGGCCUCUUCCAGGUCCGGCUCGAGGGGGCGCCUCUCGCGACGGUCGCGUUUGUCGGCCGCGCCUGCUCGCGCGCCCCCGGAGAGGUGGUGCGCGGCUGCGUCCGCUUCGAGGCCGGAGGGUCGGCGGAGGAGGGGGCGGCGGCGGCGCUGCAGUGCUCUCUGCUGACCAUCUCGCUCGACCUCGAGGAGGAGGUGGAGUGCGACGAGCAGCUGUGCGACGAGCUGGGGUGGGACCUCGCCCUCACACGCACAGAGGCGGGCGGCACCGGCGCGCGCUCGAGUCGCACGGUAGAGUCUGUCGAGGUUGCGGCCGCAGCUGUGCGCGAGGCGAGCUUCGAGCUCCUGCUGCCGAGCCACCUCCCGCCGAGCUGCGAGGCGCCCGCGCUGACGCUGCGCUGGAAGCUGCGCUUCAUCUUCACGCUGAGGCCUCGCCCCGAGACUGAGGCCGCGCAGACCCUCGACUGGGUGCUGCCGAUGACGGUCCGGCCGGCGCCGCGGCGCAGCUUGGCUCGGGCGGCCGCAGUGGCCACGCCGCCGCCCGCCACCUUGCCUCUCUGGCUCGAGGCGGACGCCCCGGGCUGACGUGGCGCUCGCAUCACCUCUACUUUGAGCACCAGAGUGUCGUGGCGGCGACGAAAAUCGCACCGGUAAAGGCGCGCGCCAGUGCUAGUCACCCCAGGGCAGAAUGCCGAUUGUGCUUUAAGUGGGGCCCGGAGGGGGGAGGGCCGCUGGCACAGUGCAGCUCUCACCGCUCGCCUCGGCUCGUCUCACACACUCGAUAAUAUUGCUCGAUCGUCGAUGCCGUGGCUGUUGCGGCUCGCGGGGGCGGUCCUGGCGCUGGCGGUCGCCCUUCCGGUUCCGCGUUUGUUCACAAAAUAGAGUAAAUACGAGACU